UUCGCGGAAUGUCAGAUAUGGACCUAACUGUAACAUGGAGUGUAGCCGACGUAAAUGCGCGUCUUCAAAUCCACCCUGUGAUGUACAGAGAGGGAACUGUGGUACUGGUGGUUGUCAACCUGGCUACCAGGGAGUCGACUGUACGCAAGUUUGUAUUAGAGAUAAAUACGGGUCCGCGUGUUCUCUACUGUGUUCUGCUCGACACUGUGAUGGAUACUCGACAUGUGAUCACAUAUACGGUAGAUGUGUUAAUAGAUGUCAGGCUGGAUGGACGGGAACUGACUGCAUAACAGCAUGUUCGAGUGGCAAUAACUAUGGACCAAACUGUGAAAAAUUCUGUGUUCAUCGUCACUGUGUGUCGUCUUCAUCCUGUUAUAUAACGACAGGAGUGUGUGAUGCCGGUGGGUGUCAAGCUGGCUGGAUGGGUGUUGACUGUGCACAAGGUAACGAUUUUUUUUCUGUAUAUACAUGCAUAUUACUCGUACAAGCCAGCUUUAAUCUUUGUUGCUUUCGGUUUCUCGUUAAUUCAUAAGUUUGAUCUCUAGCAUGCGUAAACUUAAUUAUGUGGUGGAGAAGUACAUGCACAUGUUGUUAUAAACAUUUUAUAAAAUUAAAACAUUGAUGAAACUUAAAGCAGAUAAAUAACAGAAGGUAAUAUAUAAAACUACAUGAUUAUAUUAUGCUUUACAACUGAAACAUAGUAAUAUUUAUUUACUGAUUCUGCAUUCUACAAGUAAAACGGAAUGGACAGCCUUGUUUGUUUAACUCUAGACAACAUUUCGAAUCAAACUGACAGUUUAUUGGCAAAUAAAGUCUACUAUUUAUUAUAAAUGUACAGAAAAACCUUUUUGACACGCACGCUCACAGAAACAUUUUUGAAGUGGUUAUCAACAUAUACACACAGGAAGUGUUUCCUGGAUUAAUACUGGCCUCGGUGGUGUAGUUGUUUAUACAUCGAACUUAAGGCUGGUAGGUACUGGGGUCGCAUCCUAAUAUGGUUUCCCACCUAAAGCAUGUUUAACGACUCGGUGGCUAGGUAUAAGGCCACUACUCCGACUUCUCUUUCACUAACCACUGACCACUAACCCAGGCAAGUAAUUCUGAAUCAAAAAUAUUAUAAGGCAGAUAUGAAUUUUACUUGUAAAAUGCAAGACAUUACAUGUCAGGACAUCUCCAAAAUUGUAGUCGGCAGCAUACCUCUGCGAACCCCAAAGAAACGUUGCUUUGCUCUCUCAAUUUCAGUCAGCCCCUCCGCCCUCCCUCCCCCAAUGUUGACCUGCUUCCACCGUGUCUAUAACCCACUAUACUGGACAGACAUACCAGCUGCUGAGUCGUGUAUCCAGGAAAGCGAGCUUGAAUAUUAUUUGAAUAUAAGCACGAAAACAAAUUAAUAAAAUGAAAUGCUGGAAUAAUAAAUAGGAAGAAUUCUAACGAUUACAACAACAAGUAUUACUUUACGAGUAGUAAUAACAAUAGUAGUAAUAGUAGUAGUAGUAGUAGUAGUAGAAGUAGUAAUAGUGGUAGUAGUAGUUGUUGUGGUAGUAGUAGUAAUGACAAUAGUAGUAGCAGCAGCAGCAAUA